AAUAGCAAUUGGCAUGUACUAAUUUUGAGCGCGAAAACCCUUAGAGGUAAAGGGAAGAAAUGGAAGUUUCAAGUCUUCCGAUAUCGGCAUCGCAGAGAGCAAAGCUGAUCUCCGCCGGCUACUCUUCUCUUUCUUCUCUCUUUUCCGUCUCCUACUCCGACCUUGCUCGCGAUCUAAAGAUUUCAGAAAAUGAGGCGAUUGGAAUUUUGAGAGUUGCAUCACAAAGGAGGGGAUCUGAAAGAUCUAAUGGAACUAGCUCCAUUGUCAAUGAGGAAGGAAGUUAUUCAUGGAAUUUUUCAUUAGGAGCACAGACUGCAUGGGAUAUGCUAAACGAGGAGAAAUCACUUGGACGUAUCACAACAUCCUGUUCCGAGCUGGAUGACGUUUUGGGUGGGGGAAUAAGUUGCAAAGAGGUUACUGAAAUUGGUGGGGUGCCAGGAAUUGGUAAAACGCAACUUGGUAUACAACUUGCAGUGAACGUCCAAAUUCCUAUGGAUUAUGGUGGUCUGCAAGGCAAGGCAAUAUAUAUAGAUACAGAAGGCAGCUUUAUGGUGGAGCGCGCUUUACAAAUUGCUGAAGCUUGUCUAGAAGACAUGCAAGAAUAUCAUGGAUUUUUAAAGAAGGAUUUACAAGCUUGUCAACUUAACAUGAAGCCAACGGAUUUCCUUGAGAACAUAUUCUAUUUUCGUGUUUGUAGUUACACAGAGCAAAUUGCUGUUGUAAAUUACUUGGAUAAGUUCAUCUCAGAGCAUAAAGAUGUUAAGGUUGUAAUUAUUGAUAGCAUUACAUUCCAUUUCCGACAAGAUUUUGAUGACAUGGCCCUUAGAACCCGACUACUUGGUGGAAUGGCCUUAAAGUUGAUGAAGCUCACAAAGAAAUUUACUUUGGCAGUUGUCCUCUUGAAUCAAGUAACCACCAAGUAUAUCGAAGGGUCAUAUCAGUUAACUCUUGCAUUAGGAGAUAGCUGGUCACACGCUUGCACUAACCGGGUGAUUUUAUACUGGAAUGGUAAUGAAAGGUAUGCAUACAUUGACAAGUCGCCUUCUGUUCGAUCAGCAUCUGCUCAAUAUUCCGUGACGGGCAGAGGGAUUCGGAGCUCUGUUUCAAACUGUAAACGAGUCAAGAUGAUGUAAGUUUUCAGUUAACAUUUGAAAGAGCAAUGACGGAACUCUUAUUUUUCUUCCGCUUGGAUGAGAGUGAGUUUUGCUUGACGUGCUAUGGACUUGUAAAUUCUAUGCCUAGCCGUGAAUCUUUACAAAUUCUCCUUAAACAUUUGAACAUACAUAGCUUCGACUGGAUACGGAACUUAAACACCCUAAAGUAGGUUAAAAUUUUC